CAGGCACAAUUAGUGGGCAGGGUCCGGAAAAAUCUUCCUCAAUCUCAUUUCCUUCACAGGAUGCACUGGAGAGCCUGGCGCUGGAGGCAGGGCACAGCGACCUUCCCUGUUCCUCAGGGUAGGAGCAUCCUCCUUCCCUCCUUCCCUCCAAUGGUCCCCAGGGACUGCCAGGGGUGGGCAAGGUGAAACCUCAGCCUUCAGGUCAGUGAGGCUGAACCAGCAGCAGGAACAUCAGAGGCUCGGGGACAGCUGAUUUAGAGUUUCUUCUUAGUCAACGCAGAGCUUGCCCUGCCUGUGAGCCCCAUCCUUACGCGGUGCACAGUCACGGGUGAUUCAGGGAGUCACAAAUGCUGUAAGCAAUGAAGAGCAGCCCCCUGUCCCCGGCCUCUGCCAUGAGCAGGGCACCUGGCUGUGGUUCAGCAGCUCCCUGGAGCACAGCCCACUGCCAGGGAGUGAUGCCAUCGUUGGUGGCUGUGCCACAGCCCCCGAAGUCCCGAGCAGAGCUGGUUGUGCCCAUCGCCUCCUCUGGGCCCGUGCUGCCAGGUGGGAGAAGGCCUUGGUGGAGCAGCAGCUCUCCAGAGGGCUGAAGGGCCAAGUGAGCGGGAGCUUUGGAUUUACACUCGGGAAAACUGGAAUAAAUCAAAGCAAUUAAAGUGCAAAUGAAGCUUUAAGCAAUGCAGCAUCCUAAUUACCUGGGAAGCGCAUUGUGUAUACUUCUGUCUCACUCCCUUUUUUAAAAUAGACAGGAUCCAAAUUACAUAAAUAAUUUAAAUUAAUUUGCCAGGUAGAGCUGGGCUUUGGGAAGCGCCUGCUGGCAUUAAUGACGAUGUUUUGCUGGUGGCUCCACGAGCCCCCCAGGCUGUCUGCAGCUGCGGCUCCCCGGGCUGGGAGAUGCGGUUUGGUGCGCGGAUCCUGCAUCCGCGGCUGCUGUGCCGCGAGGGGCUGCGCAGGGGCAGCAGAGGAGGGCUCCGUGAUGGGCGGCCGGAAAGGGCAGAGCCAGCGGUAAUUAAUCACCGCAAUUAGCCGCUGGCAUCGCAGGCAAAAGCAGAGUUUGGUUUUCUUCCAGACUGCCUGGGCUGUUGGUGGAGCAAGGCUGUGAACGCAUGUCCUUGGGUGACCACGAGUGUUUAUAGCGUCUGGGAGAGCCGGGAAAAAGAGGAAUGGAGGGAUGCAGGUACAGCUGGGAGCAGCAGGACACCAGCACAGCCCUGUGGGGAUAGGUGUGAAAGUGAUUCCCUGUGAGGACACAGCAGGAGUACCCCAGAGGAACGUGGGAUCUCACUGGGAACAGGGAGAGCUCCCCUUCUGCCCAGUUGCUUGCCGUGUUUCCGGGGAUCUAUACCAGGAUUUGGGCUUGGAGCCUGGAGGCGUCUUAGUGCUAUAGGAUUGCUGGAGAGCCUGACAGCGAUGGGGGACCCAGCACCGAGGAGGGACAUUCCUCCGGAAGGCCCUGCACACCCGUGAGCCCUGGCUGCUGGUGGCGGAGGGUGCCUGGGGCUGGGCUGCUCAGCCAGCCCUGGGCUGGGGGCAGAGCCGCGGUGCCUGCAGGGCACAGCCCCUGAGGGGCGAAGGGCUGGCGUGGGGUCUGCAGGGGCAGCCCCAAGCCCUGGGACAGUGGGGCUGCCAGCCGAGCCACUGCUCCUCCAGGCACCCCUUCCUGGGGUGGCAGCGGGGGACAGAGCGGCGCUCGGUGCCUGGGCCGGGCGCGGAUGUGCCCCCACGCAGCGCCGGCGGGACCGCUCCCCUAGUGCCGGCGCCGAGGGACGCAGGGCCGCCCGCCUCACCAUGGUGCUGCCGCCGCCCGACAAGCGCCACGUCUGCCUGACCACCAUCGUCAUCAUGACCAGCAUGGCCUUCAUGGACGCCUACCUGGUGGAGCAGAACCAGGGGCCCCGCAAGAUCGGCGUCUGCAUCAUCGUGCUGGUGGGGGACAUCUGCUUCCUCAUCGUGCUGCGCUACGUGGCCGUGUGGGUGGGCGCCGAGGUGAAGACGGCCAAGCGGGGCUACGCCAUGAUCCUGUGGUUCCUCUACAUCUUCGUGCUGGAGAUCAAGCUGUAUUUCAUCUUUCAGAAUUACAAAGCAGACAAGAAGAACCUGGAGACGGUGGCCAGGAAAGCUCUGACCCUUCUGCUCUCCAUCUGUGUGCCGGGGCUCUACCUGGUGCUGGUGGCCUUGGACAGCAUGGAGUACAUACGGACCUUUCGGAAGAAAGAGGACUUGCGGGGACGCCUCUUCUGGGUGGCCCUCGACCUGCUGGAUAUCUUGGACAUCCAGGCCAACCUGUGGGAGCCACACAGGACCGGCCUGCCCAUCUGGGCAGAGGGGCUCAUGUUCUUCUACUGCUACAUACUCCUCCUAAUCCUGCCUUGCGUGUCCCUCAGUGAGAUCAGUAUGCAAGGGGAGCACAUUGCCCCGCAAAAAAUGAUGCUCUAUCCCGUCCUCAGCCUGGUCACCAUCAACAUCGUCACCAUCUUCAUCCGGGCCAUCAACAUGAUCUUGUUCCAGGACAGCAGGGUCUCCACCAUCUUUAUCGGCAAGAACAUCAUCGCGAUCGCCACCAAGGCGUGCACCUUCCUGGAGUACAAGCGGCAGGUGAAGGAGUUCCCGCAGAACGCCAUCGCCCUGGAGCUCCAGCAGAACUCCCUCUCGCACAACCAGACCAUCCACAGCGCACAGGGCAUCCCCCACGAGCCGUCGCCCACCAGCGAGAUCCUGGACACAUGAGGGGUCCCCAGCCCAGCGUCGGUUCAGAUGGCCCCGUGCUGAGUGGAGGAGGGAUGAUGCUGCUUUCCUGCUGCCCGGUGCAAGCACGACAGACAAAUCCCGGCAGUGAGGGCUCUUCUAGGCACAAAAACACCAACAGCGUUCUAAUUGAGCUAUGGAGUGUCCUCUAGACGUCUUCAUCUCAGGUACAACCCUAGGAGUCCUCCAGACAAACCAAAUGGACUUGCAAAGGACCUGAACCAGCUGACCCUCUCUCCCCUUCCUGCCACCAUCUCCCCUCCCGAGCAAAGACUGCUAAGGUUGCAAUGUCCCUUUUUACUCCCUGAGCACCUCACCUUUACUCCAAGCCUGGAUCGAAGAUUUUGUUACUGGAGACCUUUAUACAGAGUGGGGACAAGGGCAAAGGGGUGCGGAUUGGGGGGAGGGCGGGGCGUUUGAAGCAGUAAACCCUGUGAUCGUAGAUGUCUCUUAUCUCCAAUGGUUGUGUUUACAGUUUCCUAUUUAUAUCGGCUCCGGGGGCUCUCAGGCUGCCCUGUGGGCCAGUGUCCUCGAGGUGGGCGAGAGCAGGGAGCCCUGCAGUGGGGAGGGGGCCGGGGCUGGCGUGGCUGCCCUGGCCCCGGUGAGGAGGUCUGAGCCUCCACCAGCGCCCCGCACCAACUCUGCCGGGAGCAAUAUCUAUGAGCUAGAGCUAAUCUGAUGCUGGUGUUUUAUGUAUUUCAUUCACUCCAAACGACUCAGCACAAUAUUUCUAUUUUUAGAAGGGUCCCUCUUUCUCUCUCUCCCUGCCAUCGAGAGCCUCCCUGCCUGCAGCAGCCAAGCAGCCUCCCCAGCCCCUGGCACUGCUGCUGGCAGGCAGGGGCACCCAGGAGGGAUUAGGAGCAAGGAUGGCGAGGAUGCAUUUCACUCUGGCAUCAAGCAUUUAUAAAGAGGGCUGCUUUCCACAGCUACUAUAUUUUUAAAAUAAAUAUUAAAAAAGGAAAAAAAAAUAAAACCGAAACAAAAAAACCCACCAAACCCCAAAAAAAGAGCCGGGACGAAUGUGCUGCCCCAGGCAGGUGGCUGGGCCUGGGGAGGAGCUGGGCUGGGGUCUCCUCUGCAGGUGUGGGUGGUGCUGAGGGGCUCAGCCAUGGGCAGCAGGGUGGGAGGCGAGGGCCAGCCGGACAAUAAAAGCCCCAUGAGAGCAA